AUGGUGACGGGACACUCGACUGACCCGAGCGGGGCGGCUGGCGCGGAGGAGGAUCGUCUGCAGGCCGGACGCAGCGGCGACAGUACCCGCAACAACACCGGCAACAACAUCAACAACAACACCAGCAACAACACCGGCAACAACAUCAACAACAACACCAGCAACAACACCAGCAACAACACCGGCAACAACACCAGCAACAACACCCGCAACAACACCAGCAACAACACCCGCAACAACACCGGCAACAACACCGGCAACAACACCGCGAAUAACCCCCAUAGGAACCGUCACGGCGAUGGCGGCGCGGAGAGGGCACCCCCGAGCGGCAUCCUGAAGAAGCAGAGCAAAGGCCAAGCUAAGACAGUCCAGCUGGCCACCAGUCCAGGGGCAACCCCCCACCAUAUGGAAGGAAAAAAAAUGGCCCCAGCAGCUGCAUACGAAAGGGAAGAAGAAGACAUUUACAAAACCGUGUACGAAGUGACCCAGAAUGCGGAGCCCAACUUUUUUAACUGCGACACUGUUCCUUGGGUAUCUUCCUUUUUUUCUCUCAAGGAGGAAGAUUUCACCAUUUUUGGAAACACGCUGAAGAAGAGAAAUAUUUUUAAGCGAUGCUUCCAACGUAUUCACAAGAACAGGAGGAGGAGGUGCAUGUCCUUUAACCCCUAUAGAGUACCACUAGCAUGUAAGAAAGAGAAAAGUGAAACCCUCGCGGAAGACAAACAGAAUGGAAACAACAAACAGGAGGAUCGCGAAAGAGACCUGUGGAUAUUCGUGCACCCUCUGUGCUUACAACAGGUUAUGCAGAUUCUUCAAAACAUUAACGGAGCAGUCAAAAUAAGACACGUGAAAAAUAUUUGCAUGUACGAGUUAAUUGGACCAAAGAGCCUCCCCUUAUUGUUGAAUAUUUUAAAAAUAAAAAGCAAGUACACUGUGCAGGACGAGGGAGACCUUUACCGCUUCGACUAUGAGAAUGUGACGCUGCCCUACGACUUUGUCAUUCCCCUGUACGCCCUGCUGCCAAAGACGAUCGGCCCGUUUCUGCUGAACUAUAAGAUUAGUGACUGUGAGGCGCAGAAAUGGGGGGAGGGGCAAAACGGACAGAGGAACGAAGAGUGUGCCAAUGAGAAAGGCACCAUUGAGAGGGGCUUCCACGUGAGCGGUGCCCCAAAUGGCAAGGCCCGCGAGCCCCUUGUUCGAAGGCCAAGCCCAAACGACAACGACAUCGACCUGGCCGAAAACGCGCUCGACUAUUUAAGAAAAAAAAACGGAACCGCGACAUUAAAAGCGAGCAGCUUCAGCCCGUACGACAAUAACAUCCUGAUGAAUGAGAGAAUCAAACAGAACGUGAUAAAAAAUAUAAAAGUGAACAAGUACGAGCAUGUCCGGAGCAAAAAAAAGAAGAAGGUGAAAACGUGCAUAUUGAAAAUGCUCCAAAAAAAUAAAAACAUUCAGAGUUAUGAUGUCCUUCGGGAGAAGCGAAGCUCGGGCGUUGCGCUGGGGGACAUGUACCGGUUGGACGGGGACGCCCCCUCCCCCCGGGCGAGUAGAAACAGGAAAAGGCGCUGGCAGGCACAGCCGGGACAAGGACAACAACAAGAGCAGCCACAGCAGGGACAAGGACAAGCACAGGAGCAGCCACUGCAGACGCGUCCACCACAUGGACAAUUCCCCGGCCAAAGCCCCACCCACGACGAAAACGAAAUACAAAAAUACAUUGAAGAUUUCUUACACAAAUCGGAGAACGAAAAAAAAAAUGCAGAACAAACAAAAAAAACGAAAGGCCAGGAGGCAAGUGCAAUUUACACGGAACUAAAAAAAAACAAACUUACCAUCUCGCAAAAUUGUAAAAAGUACAUUAAGAUUCCCAUCCUGGUCAUCAACCAAACGUGUAACAAUAAUCAAAGGUAUUUUAUUCUCUGCCCAGCAAAGAAAAAAAGUUCAGUGCUGUUCCAGCUGCUGGUACGUAAUGGAUCCAUAGCCAUCGGCUUAAAGGAAAGGGAAAAAAUACUCAAGUGUUCAGAUUUCUUAUGUUAUCCAAAAGAUUUCCCCGAUUCGUAUGGUGGAAUUUUAUACAACAAUUUCAGAGAACAACUAGCCAAAAAUAAAUAUUUUAAAAAGCCACUAAGGAAGAGAAUUAGUUACUAUUGCCUCGGUAUAAACAACCCCUUUAAUUAUUCUUGGCAGUGCGUUUACCCGUAUAACAGCCACAUAAAGAUUAUAAGGGCCUCUGACUGGUACAAUCAAUUUUUGCUGAAGACUUUCCUGCAUCGCUUUUUAUCCAUUUCGUUAAAACGAUUAUGUGUCUUGGACACCCUGGACGGUUUUUACAACUUCAUUGAUGAGUUUAAGGCGAAAUUUGCCGUCUUUUCAACCUACUUCAUUUCUGUGUAUGUUCAUGCGUACAGGGAGGGGACACCAGAGCGCCUCUCGCUUGUUUGUUCCCUCACGGUGGAGCAGUUGGCGAAGUUUUUCAUGAAACACGGGGACACGACCAAAAUGACCGAGUGGCUGCUGCACCGGAGAACGAUCAACAGGGGCAGACACCGCAACAAGGCAGAGAAGCUCAAAGAGCCAAUCAGCCGCAGAUACAAAAGCAAAGUCAUGAAGAGGAAUCAGCCCCCUGGGUUAGCAAAAAGAAACGAGCAGAUAUAUCACUUAGCAGAGGAGUCAGACGCCAACCGUGGCGAAAAACGCAAAGGCGAUGAAAUAAUUUUGGCCUCCAGGAAGAUAAUUGGCUACGUGUCCAGUGGGGGGCACGUCCUCUCCAAGGGCCGCGGAUGCGGAGUUGCGCACAUCUCCUUUCUCUUCCUUCUGGAGAAUCUGCUCAAACACGCGUUUGUCCUGCGCCUGCUUGCGCCGGACCAAAUCAGGAUAAACGCCCAGGGGCGGGAGUUUCCCUUCCUGGCGCUCAUCCGGAAUAUCGACUCGGUGUACUACUCGCACGGUACGUAUGGAGAAGCGGUCAGAAGCGGUCAGAAGCUGCUAGAAGCGAAGAGGAAGAAACCGCUUGUGUGA